AUGAAUGGUAUCAUCGGCGCUAGAUUUCUCAUAAACACUCCCGCACGCCGUCGUUCUUCCACACGUACGACCAUGUCUAGUCUUCUUUUCAUAUCUCUACUCACGGCAGUUGUACUUCUAGGCACUGUUUACAGCGUCUACUACGACACGUUCCAGGAUACUAGCUCUGCCGGCUCUCUCGCCAAAUCUGGUGCCUACUUUGCUGCAAGGAAGAACGUCUUCAACAAGCUCUUCGUCAAGAAGGCGUGGGGAUGGACGAGCGUUUCUAUUCUCUCUUUGGUACUCACAGCGCCCAACGACGAUCGCAGCACGAGUCAGCGUUGGCGCGUUGUUAGUGGUUUGCGCUGGGUAGCAGCCACCAGCUCGUGGUUCUUGUUCACAACUUGGUUCUUCGGUGACGGUCUCCUCCACCGUUUGUGGCUGAUGACAGGCGCACAGUGCGUCAUCGAAGACAUCAAUGCCGGUAUCGAGGGUGGCACUCCAGCAACUCCCCUCCUUGUCCCUGUCAACCACCUCGAGUGCUAUCCCCAGCUGCUUCCUGCAUCUGCGUCCACAACAACCACAUCACCCACAUCGGCGAAGUGGGUUGGUGGACAUGACGUCUCUGGGCACACUUUCCUCCUCAUGCUCUCUGCUUACAUCAUCUACCUCACUCUCAAGCCGUGCUUUGCCCACUUUAGCGGUGCGGAUUCUAUUUCUGCCUCUGCUAGAAACGAGAAGGCUCCUCUGCAGAAGGGCGCCAGUGCAGUACACAGAGUGGCCGUCUAUUCCUCAGUUGCGCUGCUCGUGCUGUGGAUCUGGAUGCUGCUCGUCACUUGCAUGUACUUCCAUACUCCGGUCGAGAAGCUCACCGGGCUAUUAACUGGGUACAUGAGCAUAUUCACAGUCUCGCUCAUCAACUAG